UUUAACUUGAUCAAACGGGGAUAGCUGAUACUCUAAUUACAUUAAGAGAAAAAAGUGGAGCUGGGCAGGCCACGUAAUGCGCAGGAUGGAUAACCAGCGGACCAUUAGAGUUACAGAAUGGGUGCCAAGAGAAGGGAGGUGCAGUCGAGGACUGCAGAAAACAAGGUGCAGGUUAGGAAAUUUGCAGGCGCAAGUUGUAAUCGGCUAGCGCAAGACAGGGAUAAUUGGAGAUCGCAGGGAGAGGCCUCCGUCCUGCAGUGGAUAUGCAGUGGUUGAUGAUGAUGUGGGGUGUGACUCGCAGCUCUCAACGUGACCUUCGUCACGGAGCUGGACUCCAAGCAGGAACGCUUGAUGUACGGCGGCGUCAUCUGCUCCAUCGCCCUCGUCGGCUCCGUGCUGUUGGGCGCCGUGAUCGCGCUGCUGUACGGCACACGAGUUCCGUCCCCGCUGGCCUGCGUGACGCCCCAGUGCGUCGCCGCGCGCGACUACCUGUCCGGCCUCCUCAACACCAGCAGGGACGCGUGCAGCGAUUUCUACGGCUACGUGUGCAGCUCGUGGAUCGUGCACGGUCAGGACGACGGCGGCAGCUUUCGCGCCGACAGCAUCGCGACGACGCUCGUCAAGAUCAACAAUCACCUCUGGCGCAGGGAGGACGCAGAUGACGAUCCGACAGAUCUGCGUUUGAUGCGCCGCGUCUACCAGAAGUGUCACCGCUACACGGCCGACGCGCGCGACGAACGGUCGUUCAAAGGGACGCUCGAGUCCGCUCGUAAGCAGCUGAACUGGGCCCCGAUCCGUGGAUGUCGCGUCUACCGCGAUCUCGUCGCGUUACUGGUGCGUACGUCGCUGCUGCUCGGCUUCCACACGGUCGUGGCCAUCCAGCUGCUCAGCGAGGACACGCACGUCCUCCUGCGUCUCUCGUGCGGACAGUCGCUCCUCCGGAAGCUCACGACCACCGGCGAGCAAUGGAACCUGGAGGCCACCCUGCGAAUCGUGAACUACGAUGCCGGCGAGCUGUCCAAGAUACUGGCGAUCGACGAAAGCGUGCACGGCCAUCUCGAACGCCGCUGCGCUGGAAAUGCCGGCCAACACGACGUCACCAAGACCCUGGACGAGAUUCUGGACGACCUCGUUCCCGGCGUCAACGCGACCGAAUGGGUCUCGGCGGUUGACGAAGUCCUCGCGGAUUCGGGAUAUAACAGGUCCCACUUGUUUGACGUCGGCCUGGCUUCGGGAGCCGAUGGCUUCCGGGUUGCCUUCCACGAAGUCACUGCGUCAGACGGCGGCGUCGAGACCGCCGCGAUGUACUUGGCCUCGCAUCUGGAUGCCGAGAUCCUGUCCAUGGAACUGUCGAGGAACCGGCUGCCGAUGAACCCCGUAGAGACUGCACAGUUCUGCCUCGCGUUGGCGCGAAAGCCCGUGUCAUUCUCGUGGCCAAGGCUCCUGGCCAGGAUCCUGGAGCUACGCGGAAGCAAGGAAGUGCUCGUGACCAUGUUCGAGUACCUGAGGGAGGCCGCCUCAAAGACCACCGUUUUCACGUGGCUGGCCAAAGUUAUGCCCCGAGUCGCCGAGAAGAGAAUUCAGAAGGUGGACCUCGCUGUCGUCUCUGAGGACAUGGCUCCGAAGUCAGCGCGGACAGCCAGAGCGACCGACGCCGCGCCGCUCACCGCCGAUUUCGAGCAGCGCAACGCCACUUUUGUCGAGCUCUUCGUCCAGGCCAUGGCGUUUGUGCACGGCAGGCUCGUGCGAAACCCGCCGACGCAGCAGGAGUUCAUCGUCUCCAAGCUGGAACAACUCGACGAGCUGGCCUACUCUGAGGAGACGUCGUCCGUCGUGGUGCCGACGUUGUACCAGCGUGUCCCGCACUUCUACGCGGUUGACGUGCCGCCGUACUUCAACUACGCCACCGUCGGGGCACUUAUGGCUACGCGCAUCUCGGAGGCUGUCGGACCGGCUUUGACGGCGGCCAAGGAAACGAAAGGUCCCGGCCGCCCGGUCCAGGACGUCUGGUGGACACGAGCGGCCAUGCGACAGUACAACGUCACAGCCCAGUGCCUGGAGCGGCUGCACGGCCGUCUCGGUCUGCGGCACAAAGCGAAUGGCGGGAGCACAGCGGCGGUCAAACGCCGCGACAUGGUGCUCCGAGCCCAGGGCCUGCGGCUCGCCUACGACGCCCUGGUGGAGAGCUUCGGCAUCGCCUCCGCCAGCAAGGAGUUCCGGAACCUGUGGCCCGAGGCGCAGGCCAUAUUCUUCGCUCGAUUCUGCCUGCUCUCGUGCGACGCCGACCAUCAGAGUCCCAAACCCGUGCUGUCUUCGCGUGCCAAUUGUCUCCUGCCGCUGCAUAACAUGCCGGAGUUCGGGACCGUCUUUGAUUGCGGGUCCAGGGAGGACUUCGUCGCCGAGCAAUGUCUGGCCUGACGGUGUAGCCUGACGGUGUAGCCGUCAGGAUACACCGUCAGGCCUGACGAGGAUACACCGUGUGACGGCCUGACGGUGUAGCCUGACGGUGUAAAGGCAACACCUUGACAAAGGUAUACUCUGUGUACGAAUCAAAAGAAGCGUGCCUCUUCGCAAGGUUAUGUCAAAGCCACGAAGGUCGCUUUACUGUGCUCGUAGCUAACCAAACUGCGAGGAUGAACUUGGACGAGAUUCCUUGUCCGCGACGAGUGUAUUUAUCCCGAACAUUAGCGUCGCACAUGUUUUUUGAAACGGCUAUGUGACUUCUCCUGCAGAAGAAUGGUCGUGCGGGUUGUGUUUUGUACCUGCCCUGUUUUGCUUUUUUGUGUGUGUGAUUGCGAAUUGUAAUAUUGGUUUUUGUUAUUAUUAUUGUAAUUUGUAAAGUUACUACGGUGACUGAUGAUGCUGGAAGACAUAGGCGCAGUAACAGAGUCUCAGGCGCCCAAGUUGACGUAUCUGGUUCAAAGAACAAUUUCUAUCUGUCUAUAAUGGCGUGAAUUAUGCCAUAGCCGGGUGCAAUACAUGUGAAUCGUCUGUGUUGCCUAGACUGCUAUACAGACUGAACCACAAAAGCGUUUAGUGAGAUCGCAAUGUAUACUUUAUGCUGCCGCUUGGUACAUGGACAUGUGUUCACUACAUUCGUUUCGUUCUGUAUAUGCUUGUCUUGGCAAAUGCAUGUUUCAUGUGGCUUAGAAAGACAAGUGCUAGUACGAAAGCAGUGAAAUUAUAGGAUUUUUGUGGGUUAUAUUGAUAUAUGUGAAGACGAAGCUUGUGCGAAUCUCUGUUGCGGACACGUUUACUUUCCCCCUGCUGUCCCGGAACUCAAGGGCUUCAAGGAGGCCAGUGGAGCCUUAACUGACAGCCGGGUAGAUAUCGUGUUUAACGCGAGUAGCGCCACCUGGUCUUUCUCGGGAAAUUUCGACAGGGAAUCGCGCGCGGUGGCAGAGCCGUAUGUAACUCGGACGUCUUUCUAAAAUGAAUUGUAAGCGUGAGUGUCGCCUCGUUCAACUGUUUCUGGGGGGUCUUUGAAUAGUGAAACUUUCGAAUCGAAUACUUUCAUGAAAUAUUUCAUUAAAUUCGGCAAAGUAAGGAAGAGCUUGGUGACUCCAGGGAUGAAGCUGUUUCCUGUUUGGCAAGUAAUGCUCGAAAAAGUUGCGCUUUUUAUGGAAAGCAUAAACCUCGGCUAUACUGUCCCGCAUUUCGACUUGUCUUGGCAAAUUCAUGUUUCUGUGGCUUAGAAAGACGAGUGCUAGUACGAAAGCAGUGAAAUUGUAGGAUUUCUGUGGGUAAUAUUGAUAUAUGUGAAGACGAAGCUUGUGCGAAUCUCUGUUGCGGACACGUUUACUUUCCCCCUGCUGUCCCGGAACUCAAGGGCUUCAAGGAGGCCAGUGGAGCCUUAACUGACAGCCGGGUAGAUAUCGUGUUUAACGCGAGUAGCGCCACCUGGUCUUUCUCGGGAAAUUUCGACAGGGAAUCGCGCGCGGUGGCAGAGCCGUAUGUAACUCGGACGUCUUUCUAAAAUGAAUUGUAAGCGUGAG